UGAUGAGCGCUGGGCGUAACGAGCUGUACACAAGGGCGCACGGACGAUGGCCGCACUCGUAAAAACAUAAAAAAAACACCCAUGCAGACCACCGGUCUCCCGCCGGUCAGCCGCGGCAGCGUGCCGAGCCGCGCCAGCCGAGCCAGUAGAGGCAGCCAGGAUGAGGCUCACAGUAGACGACGGUCGCGGGCCUCCAUGGAGAGCCGGGGCUCGUCCAAACACAGUCGACGAAGGUCCAUCGACACGGCCGGUUCUGUGCGGUUCGUCCACAAAGAAGAAGCCGUACGACUCAUGGUCUGGGAUUGGGUCUCUGGUAAUGAACAAGAGCUAGAUGCCAUUCUACGCAUCCAGAAGAACUGGCGGAAGGGGAGACGGAUGAAGUUGCUGCAGCGGCACCCCUACAAGAAGCACGUGACCCCGGACGGGACCUUUUUUUACUCGAAACGCGACGAUCCAAGCCAAGUGACGUGGUGCGCGCCCCACGUUCCGGAUAGGCACGGCCUGCCCAUCGCGUUUCGGGACGAGGCCGCCAUGAAGGCUUUGGCCGCGGCCAAUGCGGAAUAUCAAAAAAAUAGGGCCGAGGAAAAGGCGAAGCGACAGGUGUUCAUCGACAUCAUCAAGGAGAAGCACGCCGUCGGGAAAAGAAGGAGAGAUGAAGAGGCGGCGCGAGCCGCUAGGGCGCUCUUCGACAAGCGCUGGGGCGACGCGUUCGAGUUCGCGCGCGAGGUGCGUGACGCGGCGUCUGAAUCGUACUAUAAGUUGCCGGGGUCGCGUCGAUGGCGUCCCACGGCGCCGCGGCGCCGUCGUCGCGGUCACACGAGAGUCCACGCAGGCCGGCGAGCUCAACAUGCUCAACAAGGGCGCCGGGGAUUUCCCGGACCAAAUCUACGACUUCCACGAGAAUUAUGGGAGACCGUUAAAAGCGUUGCGAUUCGUGGCGCAUGGACUCGAUAGGUUUCCUGAGAGAGCUGGGAAGGAGCUCACACAAUUAACACAGCUCACGCUAGCGUCGAAUCGACUGACGGAACUACCCGACAGCAUCUGCGACCUCGCGAAGCUGAGCGCCCUGAAUCUGUUGAGGAAUCAACUUACGGAAUUACCGGACCGACUCGGUGACUUGUCGCACUUGAGGCAUUUAGAUAUAGCUACGAAUCGACUGCAAACGCUGCCACUCACGUUCGGUAAUCUCACAAGGUUAGAGCGGGUCGUGGCGGACUGCAACGAUCUUCGACGAAUACCAGAAACUCUGUCGAGGAUGACGUGCCACACUUUAAGCUUCAACCACAACAAGUUGGUGGCGCUGCCUCGGUGCCUCGCGAACAUGAUCAACCUCACUGCGUUAUCAGCGAACGACAACAGGAUCUCCUUCCUACCUUCCAAUUUCGGCGACUCUCGAAGUCUCACCACAGUUAAAUUAUGUGCAAAUAUUAUUGAAGAGCUCCCCGAGUCGAUAUCGCGCCUACCUCGCUUGAAAUCUUUAUGGCUCGAUCAUAAUGCGCCCAUGGCGGCGUUACCCUGGAACUUUUAUAUGCUUACUUCAUUGGUGGAAUUGCGGAUGGACGCGAACCCGGGGAUGAAGUAUCCCACACCUGAUACACUAUUACAAGGCGCCGAGGCCGUGAGGAACUGGUUUAGGAAAAGACAAAAACAAGCGUUGUUUGCGAGGAAGCAUCGCGUCGUGGCCACCAUGCAGGACUUCAUGGAGCAGUGUGGUGAGGUGAGACCGUCGAUCGCGCACCAGGGCUACUUCGAGGCCGGCGUGGAGCGAAGCGGUGCCGUCUGGUUCCAGGUCGUCUGGGACAAGUUCUGGGACGAGAUGCUGCCUGGUUUGAGAGAUGCCUGGGCCGAGAAGCGCGUCGACAAGCAUCGGGUCACGGCGAUGCCGUUUUCGAGGAGCGAGGUGCAGAAAGUCCUAGAAGAUUAUAAAGAUGCGGAAGGUAAAGUGUAUAUGAAGGACCAGGUCUGCAUGUUUAAAAGGUGUCGGUGUGUGGAUGCGGACGGCAAUAAAAAAGUCUGUGUUCCACCCAAGCCGGGCUGGAUGUGUAAAAGGCGGGCUGAUCUAUUCAAGUGCAGGGUGAUCCUCCAACGAGAAAAGCGUAUGAUGGACGAGCGUAAACGCGAAGAAGCCGCUAUUCAACAAGCGGUGGAAAAUGCGCGCGUCGCCGCGACGGCGUUUUGUCACUCCGAGGAAGGCAUCCAGAGGUUUAGGAAAAGAGCUGUGAAGCGGGCGGCCAUCGAGAUGGACGAACGUAGAAGGAUUGAAUUCAACGAGAACUAUGACAACAAGCUCAAGGCGAAAUUAGCGAGGAUCGAGAAGCGAUUUGAUGAUAAAGAUAAAAAGCUACGGGCGCGACGAGGCAAGGCCGAAGCCGAGCUGUAUAAACGUCUCAAAGAUGAUUUGGAGCCGAAGGAAUCUACCACGGAAGGCUACGCGCAAGAAACCAUAAAAAGGCAGAUCAAGGAAGUGCUCACAACUCUGAAAAAUAUGCCUGAGGAUCGCGAUAUUCGUUAUAAUGAACGAGCGAGGCAACGCGCCAUCAAGGCCGCGCAAAAGAAUCGCGACUCAAAAGAAUGGCACAAGGCUGUGGGAAUUAUGAAACUUUUUGAACCUGCUAGCACUAAUCUGUUGGCGGAGGCCGAGCUCGCCCAAGAGCUUAGUCAUGACCUGCACACGCGCUACAUCGAUAAACAACUCAAAAAAGCGGAAGCCGAGGUUAGGAAGGAGCACGCGGCGAUGCGGAAGAUUAGCGGCGCUUGGUCCGGCAUGGGCGCCCUCGAGGUGUUCCGAGGGUGGCGGAAAUGGGCUCGUAGAGAGGCCAAGAGACGAGCGAAGGACGUCUUCUGUGCUCAAAGAGAUGAACUGAAGUGGGCGGCGGACUGCGUCGCUGCGCUCGAACUAGCUCAAUGGACGGUGGACAAGUACGACAAGUUCGUCGACGAGUGGAGCGACGAGCCGUACUGGGUCCAUAGGGAGACGGGCGUUACGGUCUGGGACGAGCCGAAUGUCGAGUCAUUACUACCACCAGGCAUGGCCGAAAAGUUUCCGGAGCGACUAGUCAUUGAAGAUGAACGAACUUGGCUAAGGAUCAAGGACGAGCAGGCCGAGGCGAAGAGGAUGGAGUUGAAAGAAGGCUUGGAGGAGUACUCCGACAGCGAAGACGAGACGAGGACGAUGGUCACCGGAGGACUGAGUGACGACGAGGAAGAGGGCUGGUCCUCCGCCGAAAGUUCUACAGAGGACGAACAGACGGUGGCCACGCAACUCAGCGAUGACGAGUCCACGAAGUUCACGAAGGGUACGUCCAUCACGGUCCACACGCGCGAGACCGACGACCUGAGUGACGAAGAGGAGAAAAAAGUCGAAGAGAGUUCGUCGGACAGCGACGAUUCCGAUGAUUUAAGGUGGGAGCCGGAUCAAACGAGGUUCAUCAAGGCCGAGGACGCCUUGGCCGUUCUGAGGAUCGACGCGGAGACGGCCGAAGUAGAUGACGAGGAAGAAAGAAAGAAGCGGCGCGACGACGCGCAGGCCGAGGCGCUGGAACGAUGUCGCAUGCGCCGGCGCAUCGUGUUCAACCCGAAGACCUACGUGCCGCCCGUGCCCGUGAAACAUUAUCAAGCCAUGGCGCGCGGUGAAAUGAGGGAGAACAAAGUGUUUGGGACGAACUUCGAGGACGGCGAGGUCCUCCCGGAGACGGAGGAGGACGUCUUCCAGAUGAUUGGGUUUGAUGCGCAGAAGGAGUACAACCCCGGCGAGAUGACGAAGAUGGCGCGCGAAGCGGACAAGUUAUGUAGGAAGUUCAAGAUCGGGGAUUACGAUCCCAGAAGGCAGCGCGAGGAGGAGUCGGAUUCGGACGAUGACUAAAUGUGCUGUUUUAUGAA